AUGUGAGACGCGAUUCCCACGAGACUCGAUUAUGUAGAUGACUGAAGAGCAUGGACGAAAAUGUUUCUCUCUAUCCGAUGUCGUGUAUCCAGUGAUCUCGCUAGCCGUCACUAACCGCAGCCCGAAAUUUUCGAUUUUUUUUCUAGAUUCGCUUUACGGACAGGUGCACCCAUCGUCUUACGUACAUCCUCAGGUAAUGUCCGCUGGCGGUGUGACCGCGGAAUCUUAUCAGCCUCGAAGAGACAAUCUGAGUGCGAUGGAGAAUACGGAGGAGAAUUCGUAUCUUUACGUCGACUCGACCCAUCGUCAGGAAACCGCUGUAGCACCGAUCCCUACGACGCGCUGGCCGGACAGCGUGCCGAACACGAUCGUGAGGAAGAAGUUCCACUGUCCCAGAUGCAACAGCGGCUACACCAGACUUUCCGACAUGAAGACGCACUGCCAGUUCCAAUGCGGCAAGGAACCGCGAUACCAGUGUCCGUACUGCACGAAGAAAGCAAAGUUCUCGUCGAACAUGUAUGUGCACGUACGACGGAUGCACAAGGACAAGAAGUUGCAAAUCAUCGAUCUGUAUAAACAGCUAUCGAGAGUACGCUGCUGAAGACGCAGGUCAAUGACGAAGAAAUCGAACGCAGAGAUAUUUUAUAGAAAACGCUUCGCGCGGUUAAUGCCGAACAAGUUUGAGAUAAAAUGCUUUUUAUAACGAGUGUAUACCUGGGAAAUAGCAACGCAAACUGCCCAUGUAGGAAGAUGUAUUGCAAAAUUAAGAAUUACAUCGUUUUUUUUACCUCGUUGAAAAUUUGUUAUUAUAUUAUACAUUAUUUGAGAUAUUAAUAUUUAUUGUAAUUAGUUGAAAAAGUUAAAAUUUAGAUUAUUUGCAAGCUACCUGAGCACAGUAGCUUCACUAAUAUGUUUAACUUAAAGAAAAAAGUUGUACGUUAAAUACAUUUAGUAAUAAAUGCGAAUUAUUUUUUUAUUAUGACAAUAUAAUUUUUUAAAAUAAUUGUAUUAUCAUCGUAACAACGAUAAAUUAUUUAAGAAACUAUAUUAAAAUAUGUGUAACAUUAUAACGAGACAUAUGAUGUCUUUUACAACAACUGCUUUAAUUUUUUUGUAUAGAGACGAAUUUUUUAAGAAUAAUAUUUGAUUAAAGACUUAGAAAAAUAUAUCAAAAAUUACAAACCUUUAUAAAAUACAAAAAAUUAUGAGUGAAAGAAGAGAGAUCAAUGGAAGCUGGUUUCUUGUGGUCCAUAAAAGAAUUAAUAUUUAAUAUAUUACAAGCUGUUAUUUAUAAUUAUUAUUAGUUUAUAAUAUUUAAACUAAUAUUUAGUAAAUUAAUUAUAUUUACAACGGUAAUUGCGUCAAGAGUUCUAGUCGCAAAUAUUUAUUUUAUUAUUUACAUAGAGAAUAAUUUAUGUUUAUAUACGCGUCUUUAAAAUUUGUGAUCAAAAUGUUUAAAAUAAAAUUUGUUUUUGUAUAUUGCGUAUUCAACCCACAGUGUUUCCCGUGAACUUUCAGAAGCCUCUUAUUUUCUUUGUUCCUGUAAAUUUAACUUUCUAAUAAGUAUAAUGCUUUUUUUUUCUAACGAAAUUAAAAACUGAGUGGCUGUAACUUAAAAGGUUGAAAAUAGUAUUUUCUGCAUGAUAGGAAAAUUUUUUCCCCAGUAAUCUCGGUUUUUAAUAAUAAAAUUUCUUUUUGUAUAUUUUUAAGGUAAUAUAUUUUAUGUAUUGUUGUAUGAUACGCAAUAUUAAUGAAUACAUGAUGUUUUUCAGGGAUGAAAGUAUCCUCGCUUUCAAUAUUAGGGAUAGAACAUAAGCAGAUCGUCAGGCGUCGUUAUCGGAAAUGGAACAAGGUGGGAAGUCCGAGAUAUCCCUGUACUAAUUGCCCAAGCACGUUCGGACAGAAGAAGAGUCUUCUUACGCAUUUGAGAUACGAAUGCGGACAACCGCCUCGAUUCAAGUGCCCUUAUUGCGAUCUAAUUUCGAAAAAAUCGUCGAACGUACAGAAGCACAUUCGCCGAAAGCACGAGGGUUACGCGGUCUACGUCCAGGACAUCGGUCGAUUUAUAAAUACUGUGACUGCAAUAAAUUGUAUAUCUGCGAGAGAGGAAACAUGUACACAAGAUAACUAAUGCGGUUACAUUUAUUAACAGUGUGCAAUUUGCGUAUGUAAAUAAAUUGUACGUCUCUACGAUAUUAAGCAAAUAUAUGAAACGCAAAAAUAA